CUGAGCGAGAUAGUGCAGCCGCUGGGCAGCAGCGCGGCUGUCAGUGAGUCCUGGCCUGGGAGGCCGCUGGCCAUGGCCUCGGGUGCGCCCGGGGAGCGGCUGCGCGAGGAGGCUAGGUGCUCUGUGUGUCUGGAUUUUCUGCAGGACCCGAUCAGCGUGGACUGUGGUCAUAGCUUCUGCCUCAGGUGCAUCUCUGAGUUCUGCGAGAAGUCCGAGAUUGCACAAGGGGGCGUCUACGCUUGUCCGCAGUGCCGGAGCCCCUUCAAACCCUCGAGUUUUCGGCCCAACCGGCAGCUGGCCAGCCUGGUGGACAGCGUGCGGCAGCUGGGACUCGGCCUGGGGGCCGGGCCCUCCCGGGCACGCCAGUGUCCGAAGCAUGGCGAGGACCUCAGCCGCUUCUGCGAGGAGGACCAGGUGGCGCUGUGCUGGGUCUGCGACACCACCCCAGAGCACCGGGGCCACAGCACCGUGCCGCUGCAGGAGGCAGCCAGGUGUUACCAGGUAAAGCUCGAGAUAGCUCUGGAACAUGUGAGAAAAGAGAUGGAAGAAUCAUUGACACAGGAGGCCAGUGUGGGGAAGAGGACUAUCAUUUGGAAGGAGAAAGUGGAAUUGCAGAGGCAGCGCUUCAGGUUGGAGUUUGAGAAGCACCGUGGCUUCCUGGCCCAGGAAGAACAGUUGCAGCUGAGGAGGCUGGAGGAGGAGGAACGCGGGACCCUGCAGAGACUGCGGGACAGUAAGAGCCGGCUAGUCCAGCAGAACAAGGCCCUGAAAGAGCUGGCAGAGGAGCUGGAGCAGCAGUGCCAGCGGCCAGCCCUGGGUCUGCUGGAGGGUGUGAGAGAUGCCUUGACCAGAAGUACAGCUGUCACUCGGCUGGAUCCAGAGACCAUCCCCCUGGAGCUGAAGACAGUAUGUCGCAUUCCUGGGAUGAGGGAUAUGUUGAGAAAAUUCCAAGUUGAUGUAAAGCUUGAUCCCUCCACCGCUCAUCCCAGCCUCCUCUUGACCGCAGAUCUGCGCAGUGUGCAGGAUGGAGAGCUGUGGAGAGAUGUCCCCAGCAAUCCUGAACGAUUUGACACAUGGCCUUGUGUCCUGGGCCUGCAGAGUUUCUCAUCCGGGAAACACUACUGGGAAGUUGUGGUGGGAAAAAGAGCAGAGUGGGGGUUAGGAGUCUGCCAAGACACAGUGCCCAGGAAGGGGGAAAGCACACCAUCCCCAGAGCAUGGCGUUUGGGCCGUGUGGUUGCUGAAAGGGCAUGAGUACAUGGUCCUGGCCUCCCCAUCCGUGCCUCUUCUCCAAUCAGAGCGGCCCCGCUGUGUGGGCAUCUUCCUAGACUAUGAAGCUGGGGAAAUCUCAUUUUACAACGUCUCAGAUGGAUCACACAUCUACACAUUCAACCAAGUGUUCUCUGGUGUUCUCCGGCCCUAUUUUUUUGUAUGUGACAUGGCUCCUCUUUUCUUACGGCCUAUGACAGAAGUAGAAGGUGAAGAUUCGGCAUCCAGGGAUUUUCUUGACCUUGCCUGUGGUGUUAUAGAUGACCGGCCCUAAAGUUGCAUUCUCAAGAUGCAUUGCUGCUCUGACAAAGACCUUGAGUGGAGCACAGGGUAUGAAGACAGAACAAAUGCCACAAUGGGACAGCACUUUGUUAUUGUGGUAGAGGUUAUCCCAUAAGGACAAAAGAGAAGAUGGAAAAUAUUUGCAUAUGGAAGAAUAGAGUAUAAUAAUUCUGGAAAUGGGGCAGACUCAGAAAACUAUUUGUAGAUGGCUACAUAUAUGUUUCAAUGGUUUAUCUUUUACAAAACUAGCUAUAUAUUGAUUGCUUUCUGAACAUCUACUCUUGUUCAUGCCUUUUCAUCCUUAAUGUUCUGUAUAUUAAGAUUUAGAUAUGGAAAUUCUCUUUUAUGAGACAGUCUCAUUAUGCAAUCCAAGCAUCCUUAAACUUAAUAUCCUCCUGCCUUAGUCUUCUCAGCAUUGAAAUUAUGGAAAUUCUUUAAUUGGUUCCAACCAGUCUGAUAUUGUUCCAAAUAAAAUCUAUAAUUCUGAAUCUUUUCCUUCUCAUAUUCCUCAUUUGAUAUUAUUUCUUCUUUAUCUCUUGCUUUCUCUUUCUUUGCUCUUUACCUCUUAUUGUUAAGCUUUAUAUUUCUUCACAAAUCAAUAUACAACUAUUACUUUAUGUUGUUUAUGUUUCCUAUCACCAUACUGAAGUAUUUAUUGUCCUCAUUCUGUAACUAUUUUUGAGUGUUAUGAAAUGCACUACUGUGAAUCUAAUAUCCCUAAUUCCUAGACUGUUCUUCUUCCUGUUAUGUAACCCAUAGCCCAUUCUGCAUGGUCUCCAUGAGUCUUAUUUCCCUGAGUCUUAUCAUCACAUUGUGUGUUUUAGCAUGGUUUAGGUCAAUCAUCAAACCACUACAAGUCUUUCUUCAUCCUUUGCAUUCUAAUCUUCCAAUUUUCAUGCAUUUUCAGCUAGGACCUUUUAUCUUCCACUUUGUAAUUCCCAAAAGGUUUCCAAAAUUCCCUCUGUAUGUGUAGAAUAUUGCCAUAAAAUACUUAAAAUCCUACCUACUUCCAGACCUUCCUCAUGCCUUCUUCCAAAUGUGAGCUUUUUAUAUAAGCACACUGACUUCAAAAUAGUCAUAUAAACCUCAAUAUGUCUAAACCCAAACAUUCUGAAUCUCCUUAUU